AUGACAGAUGUUCAAAAGGUAUCAAUUUUGGGGCGUGAAAGUAUCCAUGUAGGAUAUGAGCUCCAAGACCAUAUGGUCGAAGAAAUUAUUGUCCAUAAGGCAUCUUCAACAUAUGUGUUUAUUACUGACGCCCAUAUACAAAAGACUGAACCAUUUAAGAACUUAGUUGCAAAGUUCGAGAAGAAAUUGCAGUUGAAGAGACCUGAGUCAAGAAUACUAACAUAUUUUAUUCUGCCAGGUGAAGAUAAUAAGAACAGAAAGACUAAGGCCGAGGUGGAAGAUUUCUUAUUGCUGAAGGGUUGCACUAGAGACACUGUCAUAAUAGCUGUAGGAGGAGGGGUUAUAGGUGACAUGAUUGGGUUUGUGGCUGCUACAUUCAUGAGAGGAGUGCGAGUUAUCCAAGUUCCUACAAGUCUUUUAGCAAUGGUUGAUUCUUCUAUCGGAGGAAAGACAGCAAUAGAUACACCAAUGGGUAAAAACUUUAUUGGGGCAUUUCACCAGCCAGAAUAUGUCUUCGUAGAUAUUUCUUUCUUGGAAACGUUACCUACUAGACAAUUUAUUAAUGGAAUGGCCGAGGUUGUGAAAACAGCAGCAAUUUGGAAUGAAGAGGAGUUUAGCAGAUUAGAAAAUUUUUCAAAAAUUUUUUCAUCUGUAGUUAAUUCAAGCUCUUUAGAUAUAUCACUGAUCAAAGAUGAUAUUGUGAAAACUGUUUUGGAGUCAAUCAGAGUGAAAGCUUCUGUUGUCUCUUCAGAUGAAAAGGAAUCUGGAUUAAGAAACUUACUCAACUUUGGUCAUACUAUUGGACAUGCCAUUGAAGCUAUACUAACACCAGAAGCAUUACAUGGUGAAUGUGUAUCUAUUGGUAUGAUUAAGGAAGCAGAAUUGGCAAGAUACCUUGGUGUCUUGGCUCCCGAUGCAGUUGCUAGAUUAUCAAAGUGCCUUACCGCAUACGGUCUACCUGUCUCAAUAGAUGAUCCAGCAUUUUUAAAAAAGGUUGGAAGGAAGCGUCGUAAUGUAAAGUUACCAGUUUUAUUAGAUAAAAUGUCAAUUGAUAAAAAGAACGAUGGAAGUAAAAUCAGAUGCGUCAUAUUGGAAUGCAUAGGCAAGUGCUAUCAGCUUAAGGCACAUCAAGUCUCUAAGCAAGAUUUAGGAUUUGUCUUAACUGAUGAAGUUUUGGUUCACCCUUUUGAUCCAAACUCAACACCAACCACGAACGUCGUUAUUCCUCCCGGUUCGAAAUCAAUCUCAAAUAGGGCCUUGGUAAUGGCGGCUUUGGGAACGGGCACUGUUAGAAUAACUAAUCUAUUACAUUCUGCAGAUACAAAACAUAUGCUUGAUGCUAUUUCCGCUUUAAAGGGUGCUUCAGUAUCCACUGAGGAUAAUGGAGCAACAAUUGUUGUUUCUGGUAAUGGUGGAAAAUUGCAGACAUGUGAUGAAGAAUUGUAUCUUGGUAAUGCUGGAACAGCAUCAAGAUUUUUAACCACGGUCGUAUCGUUAGUUGAAAAAAAUCCCAAAUCAAAGGACUAUGUUGUGCUAACUGGUAAUGCAAGGAUGCAAGAAAGGCCAAUUGGCCCAUUAGUAGAUGCAUUAAGAUAUAAUGGUUUGCAUAUUGAUUAUCUUAAGUCUGAUGGCUCUUUGCCUUUGAAGGUUGAAGCUGGAAGAGGUCUCAACGGAGGUAGAAUAGAGCUUGCUGCCACCGUUUCCUCGCAAUAUGUCUCUUCGAUUCUUAUGUGUGCACCAUAUGCCAAGAACCCCGUCACUCUUUCCUUGGUAGGAGGAAAACCGAUUUCACAGCUUUAUAUCGAUAUGACAAUUGCAAUGAUGAAAUCCUUUGGAAUUGAGGUUGAGAAAUCUACAACAGAAGAACACACUUAUCGUAUUCCAAAGGGUAGUUACACCAACCCGUCUGAAUAUAUUAUUGAAUCUGAUGCAUCUUCAGCAACUUAUCCAUUAGCCUUCGCUGCUAUGACAGGUACAUCGUGUACUGUUCCAAGUAUAGGAUCAUCCUCUUUACAAGGUGAUGCACGGUUUGCGAUUGAUGUGUUAGAACCAAUGGGCUGUAAAGUGGUUCAGACAGCCACUUCCACAACUGUGAAUGGUCCCCCGAUGGGGCAAUUAAAACCAUUACCUCAUGUAGAUAUGGAGCCAAUGACUGAUGCGUUUUUGACCGCUGCGGUUGUUGCAGCUGUAGCAGAUAGCUCGCAGUCGACAUCAAUUACUGGAAUCGCAAACCAAAGAGUAAAAGAGUGUAAUCGUAUUGCUGCUAUGGUGACAGAAUUGUCAAAAUUUGGUGUUUUAGCUAACGAGUUACCUGAUGGUAUUGAAAUUCACGGGAUUUCUUAUAAGAAUUUAGUCACUCCGUCCAUCAAAGAUAGAGGAAUUGAUUCUUAUGAUGAUCACAGAGUUGCAAUGUCACUUUCUUUGUUGGCAGGUUUAUGUAAGCAGCCUGUCUUGAUUAGAGAAAGAUCAACAACUGGUAAAACUUGGCCCGGAUGGUGGGACAUUUUGCAUUCAAAAUUCAAUGUCACACUUGACGGCUAUGAACCACCUGAAGAAGUGAAAGACCCUCAUGGCGAUAGAAGUAUCAUUGUUAUCGGUAUGCGCGCAGCAGGCAAGACUACAUUGUCUAAAUGGAUGGCUGCAUUCCUUGAAUAUGAAUUUUUCGAUCUUGAUGAACUUCUUGAAGAGAAGAUCAACAUGAGUAUAAAGGACCUCAUCAAAGAAAAGGGCUGGGAAACAUUUCGUGAAUACGAGAGCGAGAUUGCAAAGGAAGCAUUUCAAAAGUAUGGUAGAAGGUAUAUUCUUUCAACUGGGGGAGGAAUCGUCGAGACAGAACACUCUAGGCAAUUGCUCAAAGACUAUGUCAAGAGUGGGGGUAUUGUUUUACAUCUUCACAGAGACUUAGACGAAACCGUUGCAUUCUUAUCAUCGGAUGCUUCUCGUCCAGCAUAUUUUGAUGAAAUCAUGGAUGUUUGGAAGAGGAGAGAGAAGUGGUAUCACGAAUGUUCUAAUUAUCACUUUUAUUCUUCCCACUGUUCUGAUGAAAAAGAGUUUCAAAUUUUGAGAUCAACAUUUAUACGCUUCUUAAAGACAAUCACUGGUAUCACCAAGUUUGAAGUUCCCAGUAGAAGUGCUUUCAUUAGCUUAACUUAUCAGGACUUAGCUGAUGCAGUUGAUGUUCUAGAAGAGGUAGCUAUAGGUUGUAAUGCAGUUGAGUUGAGGGUGGAUCUCUUGAAAGACUAUAGUAAGACUUUUGUUGCAGGACAAGUUUCUCUUUUAAGGAAGUAUAUUGAUCUUCCUAUAGUAUUUACUGUCAGAACAGUUUCUCAAGGUGGAAGAUUCCCAGAUGAAGAGACUGAAAAAAUUGAAGAGAUCCUUUUACUAGGUCUCAAGCUCGGAGUUGAAAUCUUGGAUCUUCAACUUACAUAUCCUCAAGAUAUAAUUGAUAAAAUCUUAGAUAAUAGGGGUUACACGAGCAUAAUUGGAUCUCAUCACGAUGUUACUGGAAACAUCAAGUGGACUGAUGCAGAGUGGAAUAGUAAAUAUGAAAAGGCAGUAUCGUUGGAAGUCGAUAUUGUAAAGCUAGUUGGUCUUGCGCUGGUAUUUCAAGAUAACUUGGACUUGGAAACAUUCAGAUCGGCUCACACUUCAAAACCACUUAUAGCCAUCAACAUGGGAGAAGUAGGGAAGUUAUCGAGAGCAUUGAACAAAGUGUUGACUCCAGUUACCCACGAUGCCUUACCUUUUAAAGCCGCAGCUGGUCAAUUGACACUUCCUCAGAUUGACGAAGUACUCUUUGAGGUAGGUGCGCUUUCUGAAAAGAAGUUUUGGGUAGUAGGAUCUCCAAUAGAGCACUCGCGAUCACCUCAAUUACAUAACGCAGGUUAUGCCAAAUUAAGAUUACCAUACACAUUUGACAGAUUUGAAUCUUCUGAUGCUAAAGAAGUCUAUGAAAAAUUGAUCAAACAUCCUAAAUUUGGUGGAUUAGCCGUCACAAUGCCUUUGAAAUUGGAUAUCAUGAAAUAUGUGGAUGUUCUCUCCGAUGCAGCUAAAUUGAUCGGUGCUGUUAACACAGUUCAUUUGAAAAAUGGAAAGAUAUAUGGCGAUAACACAGAUUGGGUUGGCAUUGCAAACUCCUUUUCUAGAUUCGGAGUCCCAACGGAGGAUCGUUCUAACGUUAAUGGGCUUAUAGUUGGUGCUGGUGGUACUUCGAGAGCAGCGGCGUAUGCACUCUACCGGAUGGGUUGCAAAAAAAUCUAUAUGAUCAACAGAACCUCAUCAAAGCUCCAGGAAGUCAAAGAUACCCUUCCUUCUGACUUCAAUAUCCAUAUCUUAGAAACAUUUGAGGAAGCCUCUAAUGCAGAACCUGUCUCCCUUGCGGUGUCUUGUAUCCCUGCUGCCAAACCUAUCGAUGAAGUCGUUUUGUCUAAAUUGCAGCCAUUGUUGCAGGGAGGUAGUGCGGCCCUUUUCACUCCUACUUUAUUGGAUGCCGCCUAUAAACCUAGAGUUACUCCCAUAAUGAAGUUAGCUCAUGAAAAAUACAAUUGGAAGGUUGUCCCUGGAAUAGAAAUGUUGGUGAAUCAAGGAGAGAAGCAAUUUCGCAUCCAUACAUCCUUCUUCCCUCCAUUCGAAGUAAUUCAUAGUGCUGUGGUAAAUGAAUAA